GCCGAACGCGGUGCCCUGAGAGUGCCGGGCGGCGGGGGCUCUACAGAGUGGCCCCCCCGGUCCCUUUCUUCCUGUGCUACAAAGAGGCGCUGUCGCUUUAAGAGCGGAGAGUGGCGGCCCCUUUAAGGCAGGGUGGAAAUCAGCUGCCCUUGCACGGCGGCGGGGCUGCGUGACACGGCGAGGUGGGGCGGGAGGGUGCCCUGGUAGCCCCGGCAGCCCCGGCCCCAGCAGGACUUCGUCCUCGCCUUUCGUCAGCUCUAUUUUUAACCCUAUUCCUGUUUUGCAUUUCCAUUUUCCUCUCCCGUUUUUAUUCCUAUUUCUAUCCCCGUUUUCUCUUUCCGUUCGUAUUUCUACUCCUGCUCCUGUCCCCGUCUCUCCCCCCGGCCAUGGCUCCCGCCCCUCGCGAGCAAUAGCCCCCAGCAUCCGACCCCCGAAGCCUGAGCUGUGUCCGAGCCGUGGGACGCGAUGGGGCCGCUGUGGGCGCUGCGCGUGGCCGGGGCGCUGAGCGUGGCCGGGGCGCUGGCGGGGCACGGCGGCUCCCAGCGCUCGGGGCCGCCGGCGGCUCUGGAGGCGGGGACCCGGGGUGACGGCGCGGGACACGACCGGGGCGUGGACUGCCGGGAGGUGCGGAAGCGCAACAGCUCCGAGCGGUGCCGCUUCGUGCGCGGCACCCCGGACUGCCGCCUGGACGACGGUUUCCUCGACUAUCUCGGCGGAGCGUUCUGCGCCUUCCCCGCCGCGCUGCUCCCGCUGCCCGUCGGCCUCUACGUGCUUUGGCUCCUCUAUCUCUUCGUCAUACUCGGCGUGACGGCAGAGAAGUUCUUCUGCCCCAACCUGUCGGCCAUCUCCACCACGCUGAAGCUGUCCCACAAUGUGGCAGGUGUCACCUUCCUGGCCUUUGGCAACGGAGCCCCGGAUGUCUUCAGUGCUGUGGUGGCAUUCUCCGACCCGCGCACAGCUGGGCUAGCGGUUGGGGCCGUCUUUGGCGCCGGCAUCUUUGUCACCACAGUGGUGGCUGGUGGCAUCGCCCUGGUGAAGCCCUUUGCAGCGGCCUCCAGGCCCUUCCUCCGGGACGUCAUCUUCUACAUGGUGGCCGUCUUCCUCACCUUCCUGAUCCUCUACUUUGGCCGCAUCACACUGGGGGAGGCUCUAGGGUACCUGGGGCUCUACGUCUUCUAUGUCUUCACUGUGGUGCUGUGCACCUGGAUUCAUCGCUGGCAGCGCGGGGAUGGACCGUCCCAACCCGGGCCGUGGGAGCCAGCAAUACCAACAGAUGCUGAGGAGCAGGAGUCCUCGGGCACCAACUGCGGGGACUACGGUGAGGAGUAUCGACCCCUGCUACCCCACCGCAAUUCCUCGCUGCACAUACUUGGCACUGCACUCAAUCCCCUGGACAAGCAAAAGUGGAGGAGGAAGCCCUGGUACUGGCGGCUCUUCAAAGUGCUCAAGGUCCCUGUGGAGCUGGUACUGCUGCUCACUGUGCCUGUGGUGGACCCCGACAAGGACGACUUGAACUGGAAGAGACCCCUCAACUGCCUGCACAUCAUCACUGGGCCCCUGCUCUGCAUCCUCACCCUCAAUUCGGGGGCCUAUGGGCUGUACCAGAUCCAGGGCGUCUUCCCGGUCUGGGCGCUGGUUGCACUGGCUGGCUCCAUCCUGGCCAUCAUCAUCUUUGUGACCACACGCAAUGAAGAGCCACCCAAAUACCACUGUGUAUUCGCCUUCCUUGGGUUCCUGGUCAGCGCUAUGUGGAUCAAUGCAGCAGCCACAGAGCUGGUGAACAUCCUGCGGACCCUGGGCAUCAUCUUUGAUCUUAGUAACACUGUGCUGGGCCUGACCCUGCUGGCCUGGGGCAACAGCAUUGGAGACACCUUCUCUGACCUCACCAUGGCACGGCAGGGCUACCCCCGCAUGGCCUUCUCUGCCUGCUUUGGAGGCAUCAUCUUCAAUAUUCUGGUGGGCGUGGGGCUGGGCUGCCUGCUGCAGAUGACCAGCAGCCAGAUGGCAGUGAAGCUGGAGCCUGACAGCCUGCUGGUGUGGAUCUUGGCUGGGGCCCUGGGACUGAGCCUGGUGUUCUCCUUCGUGGUGGUACCGGCACAGUGCUUCCAGCUGGGCAGGGCAUACGGCACCUGCCUCAUCCUCUACUACUUGGCUUUUCUCUGUGUGGCCCUGCUCACCGAAUUCCAGGUGAUCCACCUGGUUCCCACCUGAGCACUGCAUGUCCACGUCCCUGCCCUGCUGCAGCCCACUGGGCCACACAUUUGCUCUUCGGAGAGAAAGCUGGUUGUGUUUUGGGAAAGAAAGAGCAUUUGUUAAGCACUAGCCCUCUCCUCACUCCACUCUGUUGAACUUCGUUUAACUUGGGGCUUCUCUGAACAAGGAUGAGGGUAAAGGCUUGGUUGGCUGCUGCCUCAGGGCAUAGGGCUGGAGCAGCUGCAGGGGAGCAUGCGCUAAGACACCCCUUCACCUCUCCAUCUGGGAUCCUCUGGGGCUGGCAGCCAUGCGCUAUGGGGAAACUGGAAAGUAAAGGCUUGAGUGCAAA